AUGUGGAUAAAUCUGCUCGCUGUAGGUUUACUGCUGGCGGUGUACUGGCUCAGGCAGCGCCUGUCUUACUGGAAACACCGCGAUGUGGCUUUCGUACAGCCAUCGUUCCCUUACGGGAACCUGGCCGGAGUUGGGAAAAAGAAACACAUGUGCCAGAUAUUGCAGCACUGCUACCAGCAGCUGAAAGGUUCGGGCCCAUUCGGUGGAAUUUACUUCUUUAUCAAUCCCGUGGCGUUGAUCAUCGACCCGGACCUCAUCAAGUCGGUGUUGGUGAAGGAUUUCACGAUCUUCCACGAUCGCAAUCUCUACCACAACGACCGGGAUGAUCCGCUGUCGCGCCAUCUCGUCGCCAUGGAGGGUUCGAAGUGGAAAAACCUGCGAGCCAAAUUGACGCCGACGUUCACCUCGGGCAAGAUGAAGCUGAUGUUUUCGACCGUGACGGAUGUGGCCGAAGAGUUCGCAAAAUGUAUGGCACGGGAGUCCGCCAAUCGGUCCGAUGUGGAGAUGAAGGAUCUGCUGGCACGCUUCACCACGGACGUUAUCGGUUCGGUGGCGUUCGGGCUGGAGUGCAACAGCCUGAAGGAUCCGGAAGCUAAAUUUCGUGCCAUGGGCCGCAAGGUGUUCCAACCGUCCUCGUACAGGGUGAUGAAGAUCUUCCUGGCAGCGCAGUUUCCAAAGCUAGCUCGAACACUGCGAGUCACGCUGACCGCACCUGAUGUGUCUGAGUUUUUCAUGGGCGUCGUGAAGGACACGAUCAAAUUCCGCACAACCAACCACGUGCAGCGGAACGAUUUCAUGACACUGCUAAUGAAAGUGAUGAAAGACCAGGAAGAACACGGUGCAGUCGGUGACUCGAAAGAUCACCUCACGAUGGAUGACAUCGCGGCCCAAGCUUUUGUGUUCUUCCUGGCUGGGUUUGAGACGUCUUCCACCACGAUGUCCUUCUGUUUGUACGAGUUGGCACUGCAUCAGGAGUUACAGGACAAAGCUAGACAGGAGAUCACAAGAGUGCUCGAAAAGCACGACUCCGUCAGCUACGAGGCGAUCCAUGAAAUGAAGUACAUCGAGAUGUGCAUUAAUGAAUCACUGCGAAAAUAUCCACCAGCAACCACCCUCACCAGAAGAGUCGAGCAGGACUAUCGGGUGGCUGGCACCGAUAAGGUGCUGCAGAAAGGAAUGAUGGUUGCAAUACCGGUGUACGCCCUUCAUCGCGAUCCUGAACAUUUUCCCGAUCCCGAGCGAUUUGACCCGGAACGAUUCUCCCCGGAAGCGUGCGAAAAACGGCACCCCUUCGUUUAUCUACCCUUUGGGGAGGGUCCACGCGUUUGCAUUGGAUUGCGCUUUGGCAUGAUGCAGGCUCGUAUCGGGUUGGUUUAUCUGUUGAAAAACUUCCGGUUCACGCUGGCGCCGAAGAAAAUGAGCGUUCCACUGAAGACGUCACCCUCCAGUUCGAUUUUAUCCAUCGAAGGAGGCCUUUGGUUGUCAGUGGAAAAGUUGUAG